AAUGGAAACGACUAAUGGCCGAUCUGAUUCCCCUAUUACAACGCAACCCCCCAACACCCAAGGUGGAGGGUGUGGAGUCGAUUUAGGCGAGAGCAAGACGAACUUAAUUGUCAACUAUUUGCCACAAAAUAUGAACCAAGAAGACAUUCGAUCCCUCUUUUCAUCCAUCGGUGAAGUAGAGAGCUGUAAGCUGAUACGCGAUAAAACGGCAGGACAGAGUUUAGGUUAUGGAUUUGUUAACUACAAGGAUGCAAAUGAUGCAACGAAAGCCAUAUCGACAUUAAACGGUUUGCGCCUACAGAAUAAGACGAUUAAAGUGUCAUAUGCAAGGCCAUCAUCAGAAGGUAUUAAAGGAGCGAAUCUUUACAUCUGCGGUCUUCCGAAAGGCAUGACGCAGCAGGAAUUAGAAGGCCUUUUCAGCCAAUGCGGUCGCAUUAUAACGUCACGAAUCCUGUACGAUCACACAACCGGUUUGUCGAAAGGCGUCGGUUUUAUCCGAUUCGAUCAACGAUCUGAAGCGGAAAGGGCCAUAAAGCAGUUAAAUGGAACGAUACCGGAUUCGGCUAGUGAACCGAUUACAGUGAAAUUUGCCAACUCCCCGUCUUCAAAUAAAACAAGCGUCGCAGGGCCGACUAGUCUACUUCCCGCUUCCUUAACCUCGUCAUCCGCUUUAGCUGGCUAUUUAUCACCAGCCGGUAGAAGAUUUCUCGGCCCAAUUCAUCAUCAGGCUGGCCGAUUCAGAUCGGUUGAUAGGUUUUCACCCAUGGACGGAAGUACACUAGUUCCGACUGCAAAUUCUGCCGCUGCUUCGGCGCUUUUGUCUGGUAAUUCAUUAAACGGAUCUGGAUGGUGUAUUUUUGUUUUUAAUUUGGCUCCGGAAACGGAAGAGAAUGUUUUGUGGCAGCUGUUUGGUCCGUUUGGUGCCGUACAGAGUGUUAAGAUAAUUAGGGAAGUAAAUACUCAGAAAUGCAAAGGUUUCGGCUUCGUUACUAUGACUAAUUACGAAGAAGCUGUUAUGGCCAUACAAACUUUAAACGGCUAUUCCCUCGGCAAUCGAGUUCUACAGGUCUCAUUCAAGACGAGCAAACACAACAAGAUGUAG